UCAUCACAUGUAUGCAGUUUGUCAUUUUAUCCAUAUGGCAUGCUUUUGUUAAUGCAAAUAAACCAUAUUUGAAUUGGAUGUUAGGAAACAGAGAGGUGAGGCUGAGAUGCUAACUUCAACCAGAGCAGCAGUUCAUCUAAGAGACAGAAGAAGCUUAUAAACACUAACAAGAUAUGUUGAUGACCUUCUCUUCAACCUACAAUGAAUCUGCUCCUCACCCAGAACUUCCCCCCAUGAACUUCUUCUUGUCUUUAUACGUGAUUUGCCUCGUUUCCAGACCAAGCUCCACCAUCUUUCUUAUGUUUGUCAUCAUUGACACCUGUCUUCACCUUCCUCUCUCAGUAUUCAUACUCUAUCAUGGUCUUCAACAGUGGAGAAAGACCUCCACCUCCUCAGCGACACCAAUCAGUCACUCCGACUGCUUCACCUACCACUUGGCCGGCAUGGAGCUGAUUGGUGUCAUUGGUUAUAUCGUUUCUUCUUGUGCCAUCUACAUGGAAAACACACUCUUCUUACAAAGUAGUAUCCUAAUAUACUCCAUCACAUGGUUUGGAGAAAUGUGCUUCCAUAUGUUGACAUGUGUAGAGCACUACCUGGCUGUUGUUCAUCCCAUCAUCUAUCUAAACCUGAGAAAUGAAAGAUGGAUCAGAAUCAGAACUGUAAUUACUGGCUUUGUCUGGCUACUUUGCCUUUCAUGGGUAAUUUUAGUAACAGUCAAACAUUUUUUGGUAGUAAUUUUCUGCUUUGUGAUUUUCUGUCUUUUAGUUGUCUCCUUUUGUAACUUUUCUGUUUUGAGUGUUUUAAUACGUCCAGGCCCGGGUGGGCAGGGUGGAGGCAGGGAGAGGGCUGACCAAUCAAAACGGAGGGCAUUCUACACUAUUGUGGCCAUACUGGGUACACUGGUGUUGAGGUUUGCUUGGGGCCUCUUUUGGACAAUAGUGUAUGUCUCAAAGGGGAAUACGGAUUGUGUCACGAUGACAGUGGAUGUGUGGUUUAGUUUGCCAAGCAGUCUGAUGUUGCCACUGCUCUUUCUAUACCGAACAGGAAGAUGUCUGUUUUGUAAGAAAAACAUCCCAUCAGCGUGAGCACUGCACUCAUAUUAAAAAAAGUAAAUGGGGCCAGGCUGUGGGAUAGAUACCCAUAUAGAUAUAGAUAUUGUAUAGAUACACAGAAAGGAAUGAGCAGAGGAAAUUAAUAAUGGAGUCCUUGUUGCUUUAAAGUGAUUGGGUCAAACAUUACCUAAAGGUGCAAGUCAAUUCUGUUUUAUAGCAGAGAUACUUUCCAUUUGUAUCUGUUCCAAUGAAUCUAUAAAUAAAUAAACAAAUAAAUUACAAACCAUACUAACUCUGCUAGGAUGGCACGCUGUCUCUUAGACCGUAAUGACACACCUCAUACAUUUAAUAUUAUCUAAGUUAGGGUUUAUAAAUAAGUUACUAUAAAAUAACGAAAACAAACUCAUCUAAAUGCAGCCUUCUGGAAAUAUGAUGUAAUUUAAACUGU